AUGAGUCUUUGCCAGGCGUGUCAUUCUCUAUUCUCGCGCCGCCAUAUCAAAGUCGGUAAAGUGUAUCAUGUCCGUCCUAGCGCCCCUAAGUUCUCGAGGGGACUCGAAACACCGACAGGGAACCAUGUCUGCUCUUUCUGUGCCUAUCUCCGGAAUUUGUUUUCUACGCCGGUCGACCCGCAGUACGAGACGCAGGCUACUCGUAGCGAGGGAGUCGACCGCAGCUACACUGUGUCGUUCGAUGAUCGUCAAUAUCCGCUUUUUACUUUGAAUGGGCGGAAGGAAGUGAGAUUUAAAGGUGGUGCGACGGUUUUUACUCACCAGGAAGCUCUGUUUAACGACCUCUUCUUUACUCCCAAAUCUCAGCUUAAUACCGUUGGCAUUGACCUUGAUUCUCAAAAUACUGAUUCUGUCCAAAGCCUCAUAGUGGCUGAAAAAUGGAUACGACAUUGUCUUAGCACACACAAAACCUGCAAUAGAUGGUCAGAAACAGUCGAAGGCAGCCAUCUUUGGCUACCUACCCGUCUCUUGGAUGUCUCUAGGCAGGACAAGGAGUUUGAAGACAAAAUACGUUUGAUAUCACGCUCUAGUCUACAAGAAAGCAAAGGGUACGUAACCCUCAGUUAUUGCUGGGGCGAAGAUAACUCGUUCACAAAAUUAGUCUCUGCAAAGCUGUCAGCCUUUCAAAGUGGCAUAGAGCUUACUCAACUUCCACAGACCUUCAGAGAUGCUGUGCAAGUAACACGACGGCUGAAUUAUCGAUAUCUUUGGAUAGAUGCGUUGUGCAUUAUUCAAGAUUCACCACAAGAUUGGCUACAGGAGGCUCUUUCGAUGGCAAAAGUUUUUGCAUUUUCUGGUCUUAAUCUUGCUGCUGCAGCUUCCGAAAGUGCUGAUGGAGGACUUUUCCACGACCGAGAACAUGGUAGAAUGAAUGGAUGCAACAUCUCCAUUGGAUGGGAAAACAUAGGUGACCUAGCCGUGGAAAAGGGGAUCUACCACAUAUUCCGCCUGGAUACCUUCAGACGUUUCCUCGGUCAUUCAAAGCUGGAACAGAGAGGAUGGACAUUCCAGGAAAGACUCCUUUCGCCAAGAAAUCUGCAUUUUGGAGAAGACCAGAUCUAUUGGGAGUGCUUCGAGAGCAGCAGGUCAGAAGUGUUUCCAGAUAUGGAGGUUACGGCCGGUCAUUUUGGCAGCCUUUCUCUGAAGCAACGCUUUGAGCGUGUAAGCCGUGAUGGAGAAGCUCUUCGUGUUUGGGAUGAAAUCACUAGGAUAUACUCACGUCGCAGGUUGACGUUUAGCUCCGACAAAUUGGUGGCGCUUGCUGGCAUCGCGGCUCGGAUGACAGGAAAAUUCAAACCUGAAGAUUAUCUGGCAGGACUAUGGAGACCAAGCUUGCCUAAAUCGCUGCUGUGGUACACCCCUAAAGGUGGAGUCUUAGCCCGGCAAUACCGUGCACCUAGAUCGACUGUCGCUGAAGUCCUUGCAAGUACGGUGUCUACCAAUGACGGCCCGUUCGGACCAGUCACUGAUGGGUCUUUGCUGAUGAAGGGCUUCGUUUGCGGAGCUGCAUCCAUCUCGCCAAAACUCUCAAGAUUAUGUACACGUGGAGUAUCAUGUACACGUGGAGUAUUAUGUACACGUGAAGGCGAGGACUGUCUUUGCAAAUGGCUAGCCUCCAGGUUGGAGCUGUUCCCGGAUGCGGACAGCGGACCAUCUGACGUUGUUUCGAUUCAUGACAACCUUUUUCUUUUCCCGGUCGUCGAGAAGGGGUUGCGCCGCUAUGGGCAAAUGCAGGGAUAUUGGACUCGAUGCGGCCUGGUUCUUGAGCCGAUUCAGAAUGUCAAAGGUCGCUUUCGCCGAAUAGGAUUCUUCGAGUUCAUAGGUGUCCAUAGGUGGCUGUUUUGGAAGCAUUUUCGGCGCAGGGUUCGAGAACGUGACUAUAGGAUAUUGCCGCACCUCAUGGCAGAGGCAUCAAAGUCCUGGGUCAGGGAUCGGCUAUUUCACACAACCCUGCGAAGAGCCUUUACAACCCCAACGCUGGAUGAAUCGAACUAUCAGGACUUCGACGGCGUCAGUAAGUAUACCAUCGAGAUAGUAUGA